AUGAAGACUAAAUCUCCCGAGUCGUUCUUGUUUACUUCUCUUUUGAAGCUGGUUCUCGGAGAGCAGGCGGCAUAUGUGUUUGGCAUUCUUCUAGAUCACAAAAGACUUACGCUGCCUCAAUUGCAGAAGAUGUGCAAGAUGAAGAUGUCGGCGGUGAAAAAGUCGCUUGUUUCUCUGCUACAACUGGAAUGUGCCGUGUAUUUUGAAGAAACCAAUUUUAUCACCGAUAAAUCACAGACAUACUACUCGUCUUCGUUCUCUGGCUGCUACAAGUUUCUGUAUGCCAACGCGAUCAUAAAUGAUAUUCAUCGCGACUACGGUGAGCUCCAUGCCGCCAUUGUCCAACAGGUUCUGGUGAAUGGGCAUUUGACUACCGGAGAGUACCUCAAGAACGUGGACGGGGCAGCUCAGGCGGAAGAGACAGAGAAGGCGUUCUCGAUUCUCGUCCUUGAAAAGUGGCUAGUUCCAAUUGACGAGUUGCAUUUCCAGAGCAAGUACGAUCUUUUCCACAAAGUGUAUCAACAACAAACGGCGAUUUUCAACGCGGAAAAUAAGGGAAAGGUGAUUUCUCAGGCAAAAAAGCUUCAGGUGAUCAAGGAAGAGACCAGAAGAAAACAUCAACAGCUCAUGGGCGAGGACAAAGUCCGCUCGCGGCUUUUUCAAUCGGACUCGAGUUCGAUGUUUCAAAAGGUCAACCCAGAUAUUCCCUUGACGUUCAGUCUCGAUAGAUACUUGAAGAGAUUACGGUCUUUGCAUUUUGCCUCAGAAGCCAGACACAAAGUGGGCGAGAUUUCUUCUAGAAUUUAUGCUCUUAUACUCAAUCGGCUAGAAGCCAAGUCAGCGGAUGUUGAGAAUCCAGAGCUCAGGCUGGAAAAAUAUCUUGCCAAUGUUGGACAGUCAGGAGUGGGCCUAGAUCCUCGUGUAGUGGAGCAAAUCCGUGGCAGAUACGAGCUGAAAGACCAGGAGAGGGGCAUGAAUAUAACCGUCAGCGAGGUGUACAAGGAGCUUGUGAGGAACGGUGAGAAGUUUGGCGUUACUAUCGCCAGCGUGAAAAAUACAAUUGCUGAUCCAUCGUUGGAAUUUGGUCGCAAGCGGAAAACCGACGACCACUCCAAUGGAUUUCCUGGUGUGAAAAAGGUCAAGAUCGAGGUGGACGAGGUCCUGGAAAGACUCGGAUCUCAUGAUUCGGACGACGAAAACGAACAUGACGACCCAGAUAACCCGGAUCCGCGCAUUAUGUCCACCCUCAUGCAGCAUCUGAAGCUUCUGGCCGCAGAUCCCAAAUUUCCAUUUCUUGCCGAGACAGAUCUGGGACAAUUCCAUGUUCCUUACACUCGACUGUCUCCAAUUUUGGCCAAACAUGUGUUCAAACAGUAUGUGAAGGCCAUCAUAGGGCCGGACGCACUAAAAGUCUUAAAUUGCAUUGAAGACAAACGGCUUACCGACGAAAAGGCGGUGAGCAAGCUUGUGCUGAUGAAAGAGGCCUCAGUCAGGAACAUCUUGAGUCGCCUACUCAGGUUUAACAUUAUAGAAUUGCAGGAGAUUCCUAAAACCCAGGAUCGGUCUGCGAUGCGGUCCGUGUAUGCAUUUAGAUUCAAGCCACAGCCGGCGAUUGAGAUGUUCAAAAAGUCCAUCCUGUUCAAUAUGGGCGAGGUUUUGGAGAAACUUGAGCAAUAUAAAAAGCAAAACAAAAUCCUGCUGGAUAAAGUCAACAGAGAGGACGUGAAGGGCAGAGAACAAGAACUCCUGCUUCCGUCCGAGCUGAAGCAGUUAGAACAAUAUUACGAGUACGAAAGCACCUGGAUCACGAAACUUGGCAGACUCCGUACUGCCAUUGACGUUUUCGAGUUUCUAACGGCAUAA